UUGAGAAUCAUCAUCAUUUGAGAGUAAUGGAAGAAAGCAUGUCAGGCUUUUGCAUAAGCGACGGAAGAGGAAGUGUUGCUAAUAACAAUAAUAGUGGCGGAAGUGGAACAAAGUGUGGGCGUUGGAACCCAACAACCGAACAAGUGAAGGUUCUGACAGAACUUUUCAGCUCUGGACUCAGAACUCCAAGCACCGAUCAGAUUCAGAGGAUCUCUAAUCAGCUCAGUUUCUAUGGCAAAAUUGAAAGCAAGAAUGUCUUCUAUUGGUUUCAGAAUCAUAAGGCUAGGGAGAGACAGAAAAGAAGAAGGCUUUCUUUUGAUCAUGAUCAUGGAAGUGGUGGAGUUGGAGAUAAUCAUAGCACCAUCAAUAUCAAUCAUUCUUCUACACAAACAGGUUUUGCACAGUUGUAUUCAGAAUCAGAGAAGGUGAUUGAGACUCUUCAACUAUUUCCAUUGAACUCCUUUGGUGAAUCAGAAUCAUCAGACAAGCUGAGUAGUAGGGUGCAUGCAAAUGAUCAAUGCCGGGAUAAUAAUAAUUUGAUGUUCUCUUACACCAUGGGGGAACAAAUUGAUCACCCUCCAUUAGACCUUCGCUUAAGUUUCAUGUAAUAAAUUAAAACAUUGGGAAUCUCCUUUUUGCUGGUGAUUCAUGAUGAUGGGUGCU